AUGGUUACGCUCACUAGCAAUCUUACCAUUCAGCAAGAACCGAUUCUUGCGGGGAAUUAUUCAACCGACCGCAGUGGUGCGUCCAUAGACAACUCAGGAAAGGCUCAGGAGCGAUUUGUUCUCAUAACUGCCUUGCUUAACCUCAUUGAUCCUGUGCGCGGUGAACCGACGGCUCAUAGUCUCGACAGGCACCCGCACGACGACUCUUGGAAGCCUACUCAUCACCAGAAAAAGUUUCUUGACUCGUUUGCCUUGAUCUCUUCGACAUCCAGAAAGGGGAGUGACACUGCCUCUGCCGCGUGCUUGGAGCAGGGUAACCCAGGCGGGACGAUCCUUCGUCUUGCCCGGAAUAUGGGCGUUCCCAAUACCCUGAUCGAUCAGCUUCAUGAUAUCCUUGAGGAUCUCAUUGUGGUUUCUAAGAAUAUGAGAACCGAGACGCGGACAUUUCGGAUUAUAGAAAGAAAACCGCAGGAAAUGGAACCAGUCAUUUUGAGAAAGGUCACCGCUCUGGUUGAAGACAAAAUUCGCGGACUCUUGGAGAAGAUUUGCUCUUCGGAAGUUCACGCUAUCAUUGGAGAUGUGAUCACUAAAUUGAAGCAAUUACCUGCAGAUGAUGCAGAAGCAGAGAGCUUCAGGUUAUGGGUCGGAAACCUAUCUUUACUGGCAGCUUCAGAUGCCGGUCUAGACCUUGAACAUCUCAUCAUAUACGUGAAAUGGGCAUCACGCGGCAGAUGGACCUAUUCAGAACAGCUUGAAGAAGCCUUUGGGUCAGAAGAUGGAUCCCUGCCUUUGUGGUUGAAGCACGUCUAUAAGCUCGGGCGAUACUAUGCUGCAACGAAAGCGAUGCUGAAACUGGCUGUAAAACAACCAGGCGUAUUCACUGGCAUACAUAUCAAGGCCGUCGAGGCGCCUAGGCAGGAGAAUUUCGCGCUGGGCAACCGGAGAGAGCCUCUCCUGAUGGUUCUGCGGAAUAUUACCAAAACUGACCCGAUCGAAUUGAGAGAGAAACUGGGCCAAAUCUGGCUAACGAGUGAUCCCGAGAACAAAUUUCUGCGAGCUUGUACUUUGAAACUCACAGUUCAUGCCGAAAUGCAGCUUCUCAAUUUCUAUGACCGAAAUCCUAACCUUACGCCGAGGCUCUUGUUUAUGGGGACAAGCAAGAAAUCUUGUUAUCUGUGCCACGAAUUCAUUUUACGUCAUCCCUUGAGCAUCGGCGUAUCGGCUUGCCACCAAAAGGUCUACCCAAGCUGGGCUCCUGCUCCAUGCCGUUCUGCUGUCCGAAAGAAGCAGAAGGUUCUACUUUGGAAUCUCAGUAAACACCUUGAAGAAACGGCCGCCCGUGAUCUUGAAACGAGGUUCGGAAUCCGGCGAUUGCCUACCAUGGAUUCGACUGCUGGGCCAUCGCUCACAACCACAGGGACCCUUUCAACAGGGUUCUGGACUCAAAAGUCAGUUAUGAGUGCAAGCACAGCAGAAGAUCAAGACAUCGGGACUUUGGGCAGAAUGAAUGACUGCUGCCCUCCGUGA